AUGGCGGCCGGGUCCUAACGCUCCGACCGGGACCACCGCGGAGGUCCUAGUUCGAGACCCCGCCUCGGAGGCGUGGAAGCCAGGGCCCACCCUGCCCGCCCCUUUCCUCUCCGCCCAGUGUCGGCCAGGGCUGGUCGCCGGCCUCCGCGUCCAGGAUGAAGAACUACAAAGCAAUUGGCAAAAUAGGCGAGGGAACGUUUUCUGAAGUUAUGAAGAUGCAGAGCUUGAGGGAUGGAAACUACUAUGCAUGCAAACAAAUGAAACAGCACUUUGAAAGUAUUGAGCAAGUGAACAACCUCCGAGAGAUACAAGCACUGAGGCGCCUGAAUCCACACCCAAACAUUCUUACGUUGCAUGAAGUGGUUUUUGACAGAAAAUCUGGUUCUCUUGCGCUAAUAUGUGAACUUAUGGACAUGAAUGUUUAUGAACUGAUACGAGGGAGAAGACAUCCAUUAUCAGAAAAAAAAGUUGUACACUAUAUGUACCAGCUGUGCAGGGCCCUCGAUCAUAUGCACAGAAAUGGAAUAUUUCACAGAGAUGUAAAACCAGAAAAUAUAUUAAUAAAGCAGGAUAUCCUGAAAUUAGGUGACUUCGGGUCCUGCCGGAGUGUCUAUUCAAAGCAGCCGUACACGGAAUACAUCUCCACCCGCUGGUACCGGGCCCCCGAGUGCCUCCUCACCGACGGCUUCUACAGCCACAAGAUGGACCUGUGGAGCGCGGGCUGUGUCUUCUACGAGAUCACCAGUCUGCAGCCCCUCUUCCCGGGAGCCAACGAGCUGGACCAGAUCUCCAAAAUCCACGACGUCAUGGGCACCCCCGCGGCGAAGACCCUCACCAAGUUCAAACAGUCGAGAGCUAUGAGUUUUGAUUUUCCUUUUAAAAAGGGAUCAGGAAUACCUCUACAGACAGCCAAUCUGUCCCCGCAAUGCCUCUCCCUCCUGCACGCAAUGGUGGCCUAUGAUCCUGACGAGAGAAUCACUGCCCACCAGGCCCUGCAGCACCCCUAUUUCCAAGAACAGAGGGCCGCGGAGAAGCAGGCUCGGGGCAGCCACAGAAAAGUGGCACCGGAACUGCUCAGUAACAAGUGGCAGAUUUCCAAGGAGGGCAGCAAGCAGAAACAGCCCCUGAAGCAGGAGGAGAGCCGGCCCCGCAGACAGGGCCCGGCCUACCUGAUGGAGCUGCCGCAGCUGAAGCUCUCCGGGGCCACCAAGCUCUCGUACUCCAGCCCCGCGCUGCAGACGGUGUUCAGACCUGGCGGGAGCGGGAAGGUCCCGGUGCUGAGACCCCUGAAGUGUGGGGGCGCGAACCAGAAGGCAGAUGCUCAGAAGGACAUCAAGCCUAACCUGAAGCAGUACCACCUGCCCACGAUAGAAAGGAAAGGCGGGGGGUACUGAGCAGCGCAUCCAGCUCGCCUCGGAGCCUCGGUGCGGGCUCAGUCCUCCGGGCCUGGCGUCCGGAGCGCAGCGCACACGCCAGCGGCACAAUGGCCUGGGGCCGCCAGCCCCGCUGCUCGCAUCCUGAAGGCAGCCGAACUGUAUGUUCCGCUCUAAUACACGUGUAAAACCACCUCCCUCGAGGGUGCCAUUUCACUUUUGUAACCUAAGACUUUGGGACAGGAAAUCUUUUGUAUUUUUAUAUGAAUCCAAACAGAAGUUAGAGUUUAUAUUUGUUAUUUAGGCUUGGCUCCCCCGCGGGCUCUGCGUGGGCUUCAGCACAUCGCCAAGAGCACUGUAGCACGUGGCUGCGUGAGGAUAGGCUGACUUUCAUUAAAGAAUAGCCCUCGUCA